AUGCCACACUUACAGGAGGGUUCAAUACGAGACCCGGACUUGAGUUGGGUCCCCGGUUGGGUCCCGGGCUGGUACCCCUUAAGCAGGCUUCCGAAUGGGGCCUCGGUGUCCGACACAGAUAUACGGCGCUGCAACGAUGAGGAUGGAUCUGAUUACACCCAACCUACCCCAGACAUCCCCCAGUUAAUGGUACCACGGCUGGCCCGUCCCGCCGGAGAUAAACCCGAAGUUCGAAGUGUCUCGAGUCAAACAAUAUCUUCAUUCUCGGAAAGAACAAAUGGUCUCAUAAAAACGCCCUCGAAGGUUAUCUUCAUCAAACCAAGUCCCGAUAGAACAGUUAAGCGAAGCCUGAAAGGCAUUCAUAUAUUUAUGAUCACAAUAAAUGCUACACUUGGAACCGGUCUAUAUUGGCGAGGAGGUCAGGUUCUCGAACUUGGCGGCCCUUUGGCCGUCGUUCUAUCCUUCCUCUUAGUGGGAUUUCUAUCUUGGUCUGUUAUGCAAUGCGUGUCAGAGAUGUUAUGCAUCUGGCCCAUACCCGGCGCACUGUCGGUGUAUGUCAGCGAGUUUGUAGAUGUUGAACUAGGCAUUGCUACCGGAGUGGCUUAUUGGUUUACUUAUUCUAUGUCCUUCUCCACCCUCAUUGCAACAUCCGCUGCCGAGUUCAACUUCUGGCCUUCUGUUCAAGGAAACACCGGUAUACAUGCCGGCAUCCUUUACCUGCUCAUCCCUCUUGCCUUAGUUUGUGCAAACUCUCUCAAGAUCGAGAUUUAUGGCAUGUUAGAAGUUGUCACCGGCACUAUCAAACUAUUGUUACUUGCCGGUAUCAUAUGUGUCCUGAUCGCAAUUAAUAGAGGUGUGGGCCUCCAUAAUGACGCUCCACUUGGAGUCAAAUAUUGGAAAUCGCCGACCGAGUUCGAUUCUGACGCUGCCGAAAAUUGGUUCGCUGCACUUUUAAUGGGAAUGUCCAUUGCAACUUUCUCAUUCGUUGGGAUUGAAAUAGUCGCCGCAUCUGCACUGGAAGCAAAGUGGCCACGCGAGGAUCAGGAGUCAAGGACAUCAUCAAAUAUUACCCCCCGUCCAAACGACACAUUGAUCGGGAACAGAGUAAAAUUCUCCGCGAUAUUCAUCUCCGCCCUCGUCACGGUGGUCUAUGUAAUAGCAGCAUUCUUGGUCAGUCUAGACAUAUACAGGGGAGACUGUGAGCUUCCACGGGUGGGUUGGCUCUCGGACGAUGUCAAAAGUCACUGCCCUGCGCCUGGCAGCGGAGCAGCAUUCGUCGCUAUCGCCUUGAAAUCCGGCAUCCCUCAUCUGGCAGAUUUAUUCAACGUGUUCUUGAUUUUCACUUGUCUCACAUGUACCAGCACAAAUCUUUACGUCGCCUCGCGGACUCUGUUUGGCCUGACAAGUGGGCUGGAAGGAGGCAAAGGACAGCACUGGUAUUUGCGCAUACUUGCGUGGUUUGGAAAAACAAAUCGACACAAAGUUCCUAUUCGCGCUGUUAUUUUCUCGGCCCUCUCUUUCUCGUGGGUCCCUUUUCUACAGCUGAUCGGAGAACCGGAGACGCGCAGCUCCAUUAAUGAGCCAAAUGGCCUCUAUUGGUGUUCUCAUUGUUUGGAGUACCAAUUGUCUGGCGUUCUUGCGUUAUCAUCAAUGGUAGGUCGUGAGCCAAAUUUCACUCGGCAGAAAAAGGACCUUGCAUGUAUCUCAAAUCAUGAAAAUCAAAAGAUUUUUAAAGCACGAAGAGUCCCCCAAUUCCAGCGAGACGACUAUAACGAAUAUCCCUACCGAAGUCACGGCCAACCUCUGUUGGGCUAUUUCGCCUUUUCGGGCUGUUUUUUUCUUCUCGUGGUAGCUGGCGGCGCUGCAUUGUGGAAAAGCUGGAAUCUCCUCCCAUUUUUGGCUCCAUAUUUACCAGUCAGUUACUUGUAUCCUAGCCCGGGCUGUCCCCGAAUUGAAGUUCACCUGCAUCCCGGAGGGGCCCCAUGGGGCUUUGUAGAUCUGAGUGAUGGCCAUAUGGUGGCGACUAAAUUGCAAAGACUACACGAAAUUCGUGGAGCCACGCAGAUUUGA